AGCGCGCACGCGUGAGCCGCACAACCGAGGCGGCUAGGCGCGGGGAGCGCGCAUGCGCACCGCCAAAUGGCCGCUCUUUGCCCGGAGCAUGCGCAGGUGAAGUGGGACGCCCUGGGCGUCGGGUCAGAUGGAGGCGGAAGUUUCACACCUGCAGGGGCUCUCCCUUUGUCAAAAUGGCGGCGAUGAUGGCGCUGAGGGGGCUGAUGGUCCCGCAUCUCCUCCCGGAUGGCUGCUUCGACGAGCUCUUCGUCGACUUCAACCUCUUACACAUUCCAUGCCUCAAAAUCUUGAUCAGCAAAGGACUCGGAUUUGCCAUCGUUGCGGGUUCCCUCAUGGUGAAGCUUCCACAGAUUGUCAAGAUCAUGAGGGCCAAGAGUGGCGAGGGGCUGAGUUUCCAUUCCAUAUUGCUGGAGCUCCUGGCCAUCACUGGCACCAUGGCCUAUAGCAUCGCCAACAGCUUCCCUUUCAGUGCCUGGGGGGAGGCGCUCUUCCUCAUGCUGCAGACGGUGGCCAUUGGCUUCCUGGUCCAGCAUUUUGAGGGCCGCACGGAACGUGGACUGGCCUUCCUGCUUGCCUAUGCCGGAGCCCUUUCCCUCACGCUGUCUCCUCUCACCCCCAGCGGGGUCGUGACGGCCCUUCAGGCUUUCAAUAUGCCUGCUGUGGUAAUAAGCAGGCUCCUACAGGCAGCCACCAACUACCGCAAUGGGCACACGGGGCAGCUCUCGGCCGUCACUGCCUGCCUGCUGUUUGCCGGGUCCCUGGCACGGAUCUUCACCUCUGUCCAAGAGACAGGCGACGCCCUGCUGGCACUCACCUACAUCGUCUCCUCGGCCUGCAACGGCAUCAUCAUGGGGCAGCUGCUCUACUACUGGAACGUGCCCCUCAGCAAACGGAAGGAAGACUAGCCAGGCGUGGGGGGCGCUCCGCAGCACACCGUCCACCAAGAGCAUCAGGGAGUGGGGAGGAGGGGCCACAGGGUCUCUCAGGGCGGUCUGAGUCCAAUGUAUCAGGGUCUCUGCUUGUGCGCUGAGCCAGGGGCCGGCGCUGCUCUUUGCUGCUCAGGGACUUUGCUGGGGUUCUGAAUGUGAAGAGUGGGGACGGGGAGGGGGUCUUGUCGGCCCAUUUCCCCCAGCAGCCCCAGUGGUGGGGUGGGCAGGAGGGGCUCCGAGCCCCCACUGGGAUGAUGCCCUGAGUGCCAGGGCGCUUCCUCCACCCUGCCAACCAAAUCUACUUUUCUGGAAAUAGAGGUGGUCUUGCUUGCAACCCA